AUGUCAGUUGAAGAAGACCAUGACGAUGUCAUGAGUGAAGAGGAUAUCACAGUAGUAGAGUCGAUGACAAGUCAAGAGCAUGCUUCAAAGAAAAGGAAAUUUACAUCAAAAGUAUGGAAUGAUUUUCAUUGGUCACGAGACAAAGAUGGUAAAGAAAAGGCUACGUGCAAGCAUUGUAGGAAGGAAUAUGCUUAUGACAGUCAGAAAGGAGGAACAUCAACUAUGUCAAGGCAUUUAAAGAAGUGCCCUAGACUGAAGAUGCAAGAUGUGGGGCAACUUUUGUUAUCUACAAAUAAUGGAGAACUGGCUACUCGUGCACGCAAAAUAGAUCAAUCAAAGUUUCGGGAUUUAGUUGCAAGACUAAUUAUUGGUAAAAAUCUCCCCUUUAAUUGUGUAGAAUGGACUGAAUUUAGGGAGUUAUGUAGUUAUCUGAAUGUCGAUGUUGAAACCAUAUCAAGGAAUACUACAAGGUCUGAUAUUCUUAAAAUGCAUAAGUUCCAAAAAGAAGUUAUUCGCAAGAAAUUACAAUGUGCUCCAGAAGUUUCUUUUAAAUUUUUCUCACUGCCACCACCCCAUACUGGUCAAGCACUUUCAGAUAAGUUAUUUCUGAUGUUAAAUGAUUGGGGAAUUGAAGGAAAAGUAACCAGCAUCACUUUGGAUAACGCUGCAUCAAAUACUUCAUGUGUUAAGAUAAUGAAGAGUCGAUUCAUUGCAAGGAAUGUUAUGUCGGAUACUGGGAAAAGAAACUUUCAUAUAAGGUGUUGUGCUCACAUAAUAAAUCUUAUUGUAAGAGAUGGACUGACAGAGAUUGAUCCAGCAGUAAUCAAGAUAAGGUUAGCAGUGAAGUACCUUAAAGGUUCACAAAGAAGAAAACAAAAUUUCUUGGAUACUGUCAGCGAUUUAGGAAUGUCAGUAAAGAUGGGUGUUCGACAAGAUGUUAAGACAAGAUGGAAUUCUACUUAUCUGUUGCAAAGUUGUAUUUCGUAUGAAAAAGUCUUCACUCAUUUGAGGUUGGUGGACCCUGACUAUGCAGAGUCUCCUAAUGGGGAAGAAUGGGAGCAAAUCAAAGUGGUCACGAAGUUUCUCAAGGUCUUUUAUGACCUCACGACUCUAUUCUCUGGAAACAAGUAUCCUACUUCUAAUUUUUAUUUUGAUGGGGUUUGUCAGAUUAAAGUAUUAUUAGAUCAAGAGACAACUAAUGACAUUGAGUUCAUCAGAAACAUGGCGAAGAAAAUGCAAGAAAAAUUUGCCAAGUAUUGGAAAAAAUUGAGUCCAAUAUUGGCAAUGGCAGUCGUUUUAGACCCUCGAUUGAAGUUUGAAUUUGUAGAGUUUACUUUAGAAAAGGUGUAUCCUGUUGAGCGUGAAAUGAAGAAGGAAGUUGAUAUUAUUAGAAAAAGGAUGGCGGCACUCUAUAAAGAGUAUCAUACGGCGUCAACUUUAAGAGGUUCGACAACAACCAAUGAAACUCAGAAUUCGGGUACUGUAAAUGGUGGGAAUUCUGGACUCAAUGGAAGUGCUUUUAUGCAGGAAUUUGCCGCGGCAAAAAAAAAUGGUGGUCAACAAUCUGACAAAUCAGAACUAGAACAAUAUCUAAGCGAGUCAUCAGGAUCAAUGCCAACUGAUUUUGACAUCUUGAAGUAUUGGAGAAGCCAAGAACUACGAUACCCUAAUCUUACAAGAAUGCCUUGGGGGAAGGGUACUUGA